AUGUCUCUGGUCUUGGUGCCUUGGAGCAGUCCAGCUGGAACCGCCGGCCCCCCCCACACUGCUGCAUUUCCCCAGCGACUAGCCAGAGACCCAACGCAGCCGUCUGACCUCUUCUAUGAACAACAAAACCAUGAUGAAGGCAACAGGAGUCAGAAAACUAUUCACUGCAGGAAGCCCCAGUAUCCGGUAAGAAAUAAGAAGUACAACAGCACAGGAUGCGCCUUGGGUCAGGGGAAUGUGAAAAGCCCUCAGCCUUUGUGUUCUUCCCUGUGCCAGAGCAUCUGCGCCCAAGCCCUCAGUUCUCCUCGGAGCUCAGCUGCGCCUGCUGCUGUCACUGCAGGGCCACCAGCCUCCUGCCAAGAGGGACCCGGGGCCAUGACGGCCACCUCCGCCAGGCUGCUGCCGCUGCUACCGCUGCUGCCACUGCUGCUGCUUCUGGGCCAGCCCCAGGCGGGGGCCCAGGCUCCUGGGGAAGCUGUGGUGUGUGCGGGGAAUGCCUGUUACACCGCCCACUGGGGCAAGCUGAGUGCGGCAGAGGCCCAGCUUCACUGCAGCAAGAAUGGGGGCAACCUGGCCACGGUGAGGAGUGAGGAGGAGGCCCGGCACAUCCAGCGCGCCCUCACCCAGCUCCUGGAGUCGGAGGCAAUCCUGGCAGCUAGGAUCGGCAAGUUCUGGAUAGGGCUCCAGCGCGAGAAGGGCAAGUGCUUAGACCCCAGCCUGCCGCUUAAAGGCUUCAGCUGGCUGGGCGGCGGGGAGGACACGUCUUACACCAACUGGAACAAGGAGGUCAGGAGCUCUUGCAUUUCCAAGCGCUGUGUGUCCCUGCUGCUGCAACUGUCCCAGCCGUCCCAUGCCAGCCAUCUCUCCAAGUGGUCAGAGGGCCCCUGUGGGAGCCCGAACUCUCCAGGAAGCAGCGUCGAGGGCUUCGUGUGCAAGUUCAGUUUCAAAGGCAUGUGCCAGCCUCUGGCUCUGGGGGGUCCAGGUCGGGUAGACUAUACGACCCCAUUCAAGGCCACCAGCUCUUCCCUGGAGGCUGUGCCCUUUGGGUCCGCGGCUACCGUGGUCUGCGGGGCUGGGGAACACGGUCAGGAGGAUUACUUCGUGUGCAGGGAGAAGGCCCCUGAUGUGUUUGACUGGGGCAGCUCGGGCCCCCUCUGCAUCAGCACCCAGUAUGGCUGCAGCUUCAACAACGGGGGCUGCCAGCAGGACUGCUUCGAGGGGGGCGACGGCUCCUUCCGCUGUGGCUGCCGGCCGGGCUUCCGGCUGCUUGACGACCUGGUGACCUGUACCUCCCGGAACCCUUGCAGCUCCAACCCGUGCAGAGGCUCAGCCACCUGUGUGCCGGCAUCCCAAGGGGAGAACUACACCUGCCGCUGCCCCCUAGGCUACCAGCUGGAUUUAAGUCAGCGGGACUGCGUGGACCUGGAUGAGUGCCAGGACUCACCGUGCCCGCAGGAGUGUGUCAACGCCCCUGGGAGCUUCCGCUGUGAGUGCUGGGUGGGCUAUGAGCCCAGUGAGUCAGGAUGUCAGGAUGUGGACGAGUGUGCCACCGGCCACACGCCCUGCGCCCAGAACUGCACCAACACAGACGGCUCCUUCUACUGCUCCUGCGAGAAGGGCUAUGUUCUGGCUGGGGAGGAUGGCACCCAGUGCCAGGACGUGGACGAGUGUGCGGACACAGAGAAUGGCCUCUGUGACAGCUUGUGCCUCAACACACAGGGGUCCUUCCGCUGCGGCUGCCUGCCAGGCUGGGAGCUGGGCCCCGAUGGGGUCUCCUGCACGCCAGGACCCACCUCCCUGGCACCACCGCCUGGGCCUCCCCAGGGAGAGGAUGCAGGAGAUAGAGAGGGGAGAGUUGUGUAUUCUGCCACAAUGUCCAGGCCCAUCGGGGACCCUGAGGGCACUUCCAAGGAGGCACCCACCACAAAGGGACCCUCCCUCCCACGCAACACCUUUGUCUCCCCAACUGCACCUGACAUGCUGGCUUCCAGUAGGCCCCCUGGUGUCUGGAUGGAGCCCAGCACCCAUCACCCCAUGGCCACCACUGGCCUUGGGGAGAAUGCAGAUGAAGAUUUCAUGGCAGAACAAAACGAAGAGGGCACAGACGGACAAAAGCUGCUGCUGUUCUACAUACUGGGCACGGUGGUGGCCAUCCUACUCUUACUGGCUCUGGCUCUAGGGCUACUGGUCUAUCGCAAGCGGAGAGCAAAGAGGGAGGAGGAGAAGGAGAAAAAGCCCCAGAAUGCAGCUGACAGCUACUCCUGGGCUCCAGAGCGAGCUGAGAGCAGGGCUUUGGAGAAUCAGUACAGUCCGACGCCAGGGACGGACUGCCGAAGGUGAGAUGGCCCCAGAGACACUGACAAUCAGCCACCACCAUCCUCUGACCUUUAUGCACCCCGUCAGAAGUGGGGGACCCACAUCCUUCCAAAAGACUGGACUGGAAUCUUAGCAAACGGUUGUAAACAUUCUUAAAAGCCUGACUGCUUGGAAUAUACAGGUAUUUUCUACAUGUGUGUGGUAUUCCUGAAGUGGGACCACUGGGUUAGGAUGUCAUUUUGGGAAUUUUGUGAAUAUUAACAAUUCUUACUCACUUAUCUUGUCAAAUUCAAAUGUGACUGAUUGCAUGGCUCCCACUGAUUUUGGAUCAGGGGUUUACAAGUCAGGUGCUAACUCCUUUUGAACUGCUUUUCUGCUCACUGGAUUCAUCUAAGAAGAAAGGGUGGUCUGCUAAUGCUAAUUAGGGUUGGAAUGAUUUGUUCCUCUUGGUAGAACAGAAACUAAAUCGAUUGUUUAAUUACAUAGUCCAUAAGAAGUAUUUUUUUGUUUUUGUUUUUGUUUUGUUUUGUUUUGUUUUUGUCUUGUUUUGUUUUUGUCAAAAGGAACAUAUUCAGAACUGGAAACAUUUCUUUACAGUUGAGUUCAUGCAUUUUCCCAUCACAAGCCCUGCGGAGUUUUAUAGUUGGAGUCCCACAGAAUGACCAGAGUACACUGAUCUGCUUAGGUAGCAAGCAUGCUGGGAGUUUUGAAAUUGCAUUUCCUAGUUCUUAGUGUCUCUAAUAGUCUUGGGUUUAUUUGCAAGUGAAUUCUGGAAAGUGUGGGAGGAGGUAUGAAAUGUUUUCGAGAGCAAGUACUCCAAAGCGCCUGAGAGAGAAGCCUGGGGUUUGUUUCACAAAUACUUGAAUCAAUCCAUCUAAAUUCACUUGUGCUAACACACACUUACUGUUGAUGAGGUGACUACGCACAAGGGGAAAAGCUGGAGACGUCUUGUCUCUGGGCGAGUGCAGCCCCGAGACACCUCCCGGGCCACCUGCCUUCCCUGAAUGCUGCUCUGGAUUUAAAUGCUUUGAUCAUAGAUGGAUGAAGCCCUGAGAAGCCUCUCAUUCUGAUUACUAAGACUGUGUGAGGGGGAUGAGAUGCUGAGCUUUGAAUGGUGGCAUCUUAAGGCAUUUUGACAUAGCUCACAGCUGGUAUUGCUUCUUGAGAACAUGAUCCUGACUUGUGGCUGUAGCUUGCAUGUCAGGGACUGGGCAGGCAGGACACUGUCUUCUUUCUGCUUGAAGAAAGUGUGACACAUUUUCCUCUAUUUCUUAAAAAAGCGGGGGAGAUGGGAGGGAUAGAGGAAAAGAGAAUAGUUCAAAAUUUGCAACCACAGAAACCACUCAAAGCAGUUUUAAUUUAUUUUUAAAUGCUUGCUUGCAAAGAUUUCCCUUCCCAGUGUAGUGGUGGAGAGUAAUUUCUCCCCACGCAGCUCUGCCUGUGUCACUGGAAAGCUCCUCCGGGAUUCACCAGUGGUCAGAACUGUUAAAACCUGCCUGAUUAGCACUGGGAGACCUCAGCAACAAGCCUGCUGUUGCCUGGUAGAGCAGAACGGGACUGUAUUUCCUUCUAGGGAUUUCAAAAUCUGCCUCGAAGAACCAGGGUGCUCUAUUGUUUCUAUUUUUGCCUUAAAAACACAUCUGUCCCAGAGGUGGACACCUGGGGCAGGAAGAGCUGCCGGGUGCAUGGCCCUCAGAGUUGAGUAAAUAUCCUUUAGCUAAUUUUGGAAUGUAGAUGCUAUAUUUCAGGAUUUUUGUUUUGUUUUGUUUUGUUGUUGUUUUGAGAAAGUGGAUAAGUGAAGGGGUAGGUGUAAGGAAAGAUGAAGCUUUUGGAGGACUUAACAAGGUAUUUGGAACUUGUGCUUUUUAAAGACCUCUGAGAUUAUUUAGAUUUCAGUUGAAAUACUGAUGCUUAACAUCCAAGAAGACAAAGGUUGUAUCCACUGAGCGCAGGACCCUGUAUGGGAACCAAUCAUGCCACUAUUCAGAUGAUUUUAAAGAGUUAGCUGGAUGUGUUACUGACAAUACCUACACUUAGGUGAAAUAAAUGCAAAUUCAACAACUUUACCUCCAGGCUUUUACAAUUCAACCUUGUCACUAGAAGGAAGGAGGCAUUCCUAGUCUAGGCUUCCCCUAAGCCCCUCUCUGGACCUGUGGGACCUUUACUGGCUGAGGUCCCCAAGUGCGCCCUCUCAUUUUUAGAGUUGGAUUUCUUCUCCGGUGCAGCCCCAAUUCUGAUUUCCAUGUUCAAAUCCCUCUAUGGGUAAGAAAAUCUAUCCCCGACAACAUGGAGACCACAGAUCCCCACUGUGAAAUACACAAGGGAGGAAAUGGGCUGGUAAAUAAUUUCUCAAUACCCUCUCCAGCAGAAUCUGCCCCUUCCUCGGUAGACGUGCCCUGCCUUGUCUCCUGGCCACUCCUACUAGUGGCUAAGAUCCCAGAACUAGAUGACCUUAGGCAGUGAAUCUGAUGAAAACCGCUGGUCUCAAACAAAUGCUAUUGUCCUGUUUAAUACCUUUGUCUGAGGGAUGUGAAUCCCUGCUUGGGGAGAUGGGGGUCCACAAGCAGUGGAUAAACAAAUGCCCACUGUCCAUGUGGCCAAUAACUUACUAUUCAUUGGCCAACAGUCUUUUUAACCAGAAGCUCCCAGGUGCCUGGGCCAUGACGAAGAAUAAGAAAUGGAAAGGAUGGAGCAUGGGAGAGGUAGGCUUUGUCAGGUGCAGACUCCUCCGACUGUGUCCCCAGGCUGGGCAGGAGCACUGUUCUGUCCCUGAGCUGUUGAGCAGCAGAAAGGCCCGGACGAUGGGGAAAGGGAGACGGCUUUACUUGUCAACAAGCUCAAAGAUAAUGGAGACUUUUGUCCAAAUAGAAUUCCCCAUACUUCAAUAAUUCUAGGAUGCUCUUGGAAAAACUAUAUUCAGAACAAACCCACCCCGUCCUCUCACUCUGUCUCCCAAGACAGAUCAUUUAAGGGGAGGAGGUCCCCUAAAACAUGCAGGCCACUAGGCUCCUUCCUGAAUUUCAGGGAUGCUCCCUCCUCUUUUUUCUUGUUCAUGUGCACAUGUGGUACAGGACAAGCUCCAUCUGAGGACUGUAUAAAGCAAAGGUGGGAAAACUCUCUGAAAAAGCCUUGGGAAUGGUGGACCUGGUGGGGUCUUUUGUAGGGUGCACCCACCGCUGCUCAGCAUUGUGACCUCGAGGCUGGUGUCCCUUUGGUUCAUCCACAUGCCUAAUUAUCGCAACCUUUGACAUCUGGCACUGCAUAGCCCCACGGUGUUUUCCCGGCAGCAUAAAGUGGGUGACUCAAGAGGCUUCUGUCUUAAGGACAGGAGGGGUGCAGGCUAACAUCCUCCCUGUGAUUAGGCAAAAAGGUAGAAUAAAAAGUUAAACACGUAUGCGGGUGUGUUUAUGUGCAUGGUACAGGAAAAACUAAGUUGGAAAUAAACCUUCUCCCUGAAACACACACGUGCUUGUUGCUAUUCUUACAUGCCAUUCAGGAGCCCCGGUUUGAAUACCUCCUGAGAGGACCUGUGAUUUAUCGCCAAACAGCUUUUGGAGAAUAUGGAUGUGAUCAUUAGCUCAUUUUAUUCCAACCCUCUUUCCCACAGAUAUUCCCAUGAAAACUAAGAGAACAGAGGCGAGAUUUGACCCAAAAAAAGUACUACAUUCAAAAUAAUGCAGUUUUUAAAAGCAAAUAUAGGACAGCCUUUUCCUAUUAUUUUUCUCCUUAGCUUCUCCAUUGUCUGAAUCAGGAAAACAGGAAAGCAUGGCUUUCUAGCAGCUGCAAAAUGGUGUAAUGUCCCCUCCAUAUUUCCAUCACCUUAAACAAUAGAUUUAGCAUGGGAAUCUGAGAUAUGAUCCCUGAAAACAUCUGUUCCUGUCUGGCUGCAAAAGCUACUGCUUAUGUCUGUAGGGUUUGUGGCGUUUGUCAACC